UAAACCCAUUAUGAAACUUUUGAUUUUUGCUUUGUUGGCAUUUUCUCACUGUUUCGCUCUGAAAGAAGCUCCCGCUGGAUAUCAUUGGAUUCCAACGAUCGACGGAAAAUUUUAUUUAGUUCAUGAAAAUGAAAUUAAUCAAAUUGAAACGGAGCCUUUGAAGUACGAUCCUUACAAAGACGUUGGCUUCCGUUUAUAUACGAACAAAAAUGGACGCGAACCAGAAUUAAUUGAAAUUGACAACGCAGAUUCCUUGAAGUCAUCAUCGUUCGAUAGUUCUUUGGAAAGCCGUCUUUUUGUUCAUGGUUGGGGUGAUGACGGCAUCGAUGGAGGCGCCAUGCAUCUUGUAAAAGACGCGUAUUUAGACAAUGGCGAUGUCAACUUUUUCGCUGUCGAUUGGUCCAAAGGCUAUACCGUGAACUACAUCGCGGCAAGAAAUCGCGCAAACGGAACGGGAAUUGUCAUGGGAAAAUUCAUCGAGUUUUUGGUGCGUGAAGGAGGUGCGAGUUUGGACAGUUUUCGCAUUAUUGGAUUCAGUUUGGGCGGACAAAUCGUUGGAUAUACCGGAAAAUACUUGAAAGGACAGUUAACAGCGAUUUACGGAGUUGAUCCUGCUGGUCCGUUAUUCUUCCAGAACUCAACAGAUCGUUUGACACCCGAAGACGCGAAAUACGUGGAAGUCAUUCACACUUGUGGCGGUCGAUUGGGAACGGAUUUCCCCUUGGGACAUGUGGAUUUUUAUCCAAACAACGGUCGAUCACAGCCUGGCUGCUUGAAAAUUGAUGUUACAGGAACUUGUUCCCAUUCACGGUCUUUAUAUUACUUUGCGGAGUCGAUGUAUGCCGAAAAUGACGGAUUUAUUGGAGUUCAUUGCAAUUCACGAGCUGAAAUCACGGAUGAGGGAUGUUCUCAUGUCGAUGAAAGACGAAGAAUGCUCGGAGGAAACCCACCAAAAAUUGUUCCAGUCACCGAACGACAAGUUUACUGGCUGCGAACAAACAAAAAAUCGCCAUUCUCGAUGGGCGAAAAGGGAACCGAGUAA